AAAACGACCAUAUUAUGAUUCAGAUUAUGGAGCUUCAUCAUUAUUUGAGUGUAAAGAAGAGCUUGAUACAAGUCUAUCUGCUACAAACCGGCCUGCUAGAAACCACCUUGCCAGAAACUGUUCUGCUAUCAGCCAGUCUGCUACAAGCAAUUCUGUCGAAAACCUGUCUGCUUCAAGUCAGCCUGCUACGAGCCAUCUUUCUAGAAAUCAGCCUGCUACAAGUCAGCCUGCUACAAGCCAUCACUCAAGAAACCAACCUGUUACAAGUCAGCCUGCUACAAGCCAUCCUUCAAGAAACCAGCCUGCUACAGGUCAGUCUGCUACAACUCAGUCUGAUACUAUUACUAGCCAAUCUGCAACAGAUCAGCCUGCCAUAAGCCAACCUGUCCUAAGCCAAUCUGAAGGUAUUAGUUAAAAAAAUUUAUUCAUGCCCAUUCA